AUGAACACAACCCUACAGGGAAACGAGACAAGGGCGUACUUCACACAUUUCUUUGAGCAAAUCAUACAAGCUGCUCGAGAGCAAAGAAAGCCACGGAAUGAAGACAUGACGUCAAGGACAACUAAGGCAUCCUUAGGAGUGACAAAAUAUUCACAAGAGCAAACUAGUGGCCAUGCUAAUUCUUCAUCCCCAAAGUUUGUGGUCGAAAGCCAAUUGACCUACCUCCAGAACCAUCAAGGAGAAACAUGCAUGCAGAAAGAUGGAGGCAACCCACAUGCUUCAAUGUCCAUAUUGCCCAUAAUAAUGGCAACAAUAAGGGUAAUGGAAGAGGUAAGAGAAGUAACGCACGACAACCUGAACACAUUUAGGAUUCAAAAGAUAAGGAUGAAGCAAGGCCAGAAACUCUACCCGAUGACAGUGAUCCUAUCCUAG